AUGCGAACAGACAAUGGACCACAAUUUGUAAGCGAAUUGCUGAAUAAAUUCUGCACAGAACAUGGAAUAAAACUGGUUCAAACUACUCCCUAUUGGCCUCAAGCUAAUGGGGAGGUGGAGAGGGCCAAUAGGGCUCUUAAAAAACGGCUACAGAUAAGUCAGGAGUCUACCGACGCAGACUGGAGAUGGGACUUGAGAACCUAUCUGUUGCUGUAUAAUUCUACCCCGCAUUCCACAACAGGAGUGGCACCGUCGGCACUUAUGUUCGGGCGAGUGCUUCGCGAUAAAUUACCAUCAAUUUCGUUAACAUCAGAACAGUACGAGGAUAUUCAGGAUAGAGAUCGGGAGAGGAAACUAACUGAAGCUGAAUAUGCAGAUAAACGACGUCACGCGCAACCCAGUUCCCUGAACCCUGGUGACUUGGUAGUUGCUAAGCGUAUGAUAAAGGAAAAUAAGUUGGCAGGCAAUUUCAGUCCAGAAGAACUCGUCGUCGUUGAGAAAUCAGGGCAGGACGUUACACUGGAAUCAUGGAAUCUGGAAGGAUUCUGCAUCGUGACGGAUACUGAAGUCGGUGAAUCCAACAAAGCUUCAAAGGAUGUUCAGCAGCCGGAACAACGACCAGAGACUCAGCGUCAGCGACGAGAACCUCGGAAACCAAAACAUCUGAAGGAUUAUCACCUAAGUAUAGUUCAGGACAUUUGA